GUUCUAUACUUAUCAGAUUAAAUUAUUAAACUUCAUAACUUACAAUAAAUAUUAAUGUUACUAAAAUUUUUAACAAAUAUACAAGAUGACUCUUCAAGGAAAAACACGUUUAGCUCGUGCAUGUGCUGCUCAAACAAAGUUGACAUUUUUAAAGCUUGCUGGUCCACAAUUGGUACAGAAGUUUAUUGGUGAUGGAGCAAAAUUAAUACGAGGUGCAUUUGCUUUAGCUAAAGAAAAAGCUCCUGCAAUAAUAUUUAUUGAUGAAUUGGAUGCUAUUGGUACAAAACGUUUUAAUUCUCAAAAAGCCGGUAAUCGAGAAGUACAAAGAACGAUGUUGGAACUCCUUGAUCAAAUGAAUGGUUUUACUUCAACAGUUGAUAUAAAAGUGAUUGCAGCUACUAAUAGAGUAGAUAUUUUGGACCCAGAAUUGUUGAGGUCUGGUAGAUUAGAUAGAAAAAUUGAGUUCCCACACCCCAACCAAGAAGCUCGUGCACGUAUUAUGCAGAUUCAUUCAAGGAAAAUGACCAAAUUUGAUGUUAACUUUGAAGAACUUUCAAGAUCUACUGAUGAUUUUAAUGGGGCACAAUGCAAGGCUGUUUGUGUUAAAGCUGGUAUGAUUGCUUUGAGAAGAGGUGCAUCAACUGUUACUCAUGAAGAUUUCAUGGAUGCCAUAAUGGAAGUCCAAGCUAAAAAGAAAUCCAACUUAAGCUAUUAUGCUUAAAAAAUUAACAGAACAUAUUCAUUUAUAUCUUUGUAAUGGUUUUUUCAUCUACAAAUAAAUAAUUAAACUAUUUCUUCA